AGAAUUCAGAAUUCGAAUCCCUAAUCUCAGUAACUGAUUAUAUAAUCACAAAAUUGAAGCAUGUUUGGAUCGCUGUUAUUUGAUUUACAUGUUGGAUUUGCAUUCUUCGACGUAUCACAUCGUAUUCAUUAUGAUCAUGGAUUCAUGGUCGUCGUAGUUUUUGAGUUUGAUCAAAUUGUUUGAUGGAUAUUUGUAUGCUAACGGUGAUAUUUUUGAUGAAUUCAAGAGAAGAUGAAGUUGGCACCGAGGGAGGUGGAUAAAUUGAUGUUACACAAUGCUGGAUACUUAGCGCAAAAGCGUCUUGCUCGUGGAAUAAGGCUUAAUUACACUGAAGCUGUUGCACUUAUUGCCACUCAGAUUUUGGAGUUUGUACAUGAUGGUGACAAGAGUGUGGCAGAAUUAAUGGAUGUUGGGAGACAGCUUUUAGGAAGGAGACAAGUUCUUUCAACAGUUCCACAUCUUUUGGAUUCUGUGCAGGUUGAGGGGACGUUUUCUGACGGUACAAAGUUAAUUACUGUACAUGAUCCAAUAUCAUGCGAAAAUGGAAAUUUGGAUCUAGCUUUACAUGGAUCUUUUCUUCCAGUUCCUUCACUUGAAAAGUUCCCAAAUAUGGAGAGUGGUAAGAUUCCUGGUGAACUAAUCCUUAAACAUGGAUAUAUAACGCUUAAUUCAGGAAGGGAAGCAGUAAUCCUUAAAGUAACUAAUGAUGGAGAUCGACCAAUACAGGUUGGCAGCCAUUAUCAUUUUAUUGAGGCCAAUCCAUGUUUAAUUUUUGAUCGGAGAAAAGCAUAUGGCAUGAGGUUAAAUAUACCUGCAGGAACUGCAACCAGAUUUGAGCCAGGGGAUGCAAAAUCUGUCACUCUUGUCAGGAUUAGCGCAAUGGAAUCUGUACAUGCACGAGGAUUUGGCAAUUCAGAAGAAGCUAAUACCAAUAAUGGUGUCAUUGUAGAAGGAUCUCCACUGGCUUAUAAAAUCGCUCGUGAGGCUUAUGCUAAUAUGUAUGGUCCUACUGUUGGAGACAAAAUUCGUCUUGGUGACACCGACUUGUUUGCUGAAGUUGAAAGAGAUUUUGCUUUUUAUGGUGAUGAGUGUGUAUUUGGUGGAGGAAAAGUUAUAAGAGAUGGAAUGGGGCAAGCUUGCGGGUACUCUGCAUCUGAUUGCCUGGACACGGUUAUCACAAAUGCUUUGAUAAUUGAUUAUACAGGAAUUUUCAAGGCAGAUAUAGGUAUUAAAGGAGGUUUUAUUUCUUCCCUUGGGAAAGCAGGAAAUCCAGAUGUUAUGAAUGGUGACUCUGAUAACAUGAUCAUUGGGGUUAGCACGGAGGUCAUUGCUGGAGAAAAUAUGAUAGUGACAGCUGGGGCCAUAGAUUGUCAUGUGCACUUCAUAUGCCCUCAACUGGCAUAUGAAGCAAUAUGUAGUGGCGUCACCACGAUGAUAGGAGGUGGGACAGGACCUGCUGAGGGGACACGUGCAACUACUUGUACCCCUGGACCUUCACACAUGAAACUUAUGCUGCAAGCCACUGAUGACAUUCCGAUCAAUUUUGGAUUUACUGGAAAAGGUAAUAGUGCUAAACCACAAGGACUACAUGAAAUAAUCAGGGCUGGUGCAAUGGGACUGAAACUCCAUGAGGAUUGGGGAACCACACCUGCUGCUAUAGAUAAUUGUUUGGCUGUUGCAGAGCAAUAUGACAUCCAGGUUAAUAUCCAUACUGACACCUUGAACGAAUCUGGAUUUGUUGAACAUACAAUUGCUGCAUUUAAAGAGAGAACAAUUCACACAUACCACAGUGAGGGUGCAGGUGGUGGUCAUGCUCCGGAUAUCAUUAAAGUGUGUGGUGUUAAAAAUGUUCUACCCUCAUCAACAAAUCCGACACGUCCAUACACUAAGAAUACAAUAGAUGAACAUCUUGAUAUGCUGAUGGUUUGCCAUCACCUUGAUAAGAACAUACCUGAGGAUGUAGCUUUUGCUGAGUCACGGAUCCGGGCUGAAACUAUUGCUGCCGAAGACAUUUUGCAUGAUAUGGGGGCAAUAAGCAUAAUAUCAUCUGAUGCACAGGCUAUGGGUCGCAUUGGGGAGGUAAUCAGCAGAACAUGGCAAACAGCUCACAAGAUGAAGUUGCAACGAGGCUUGGUUGAUGGUUGCGUACCAGAUAAUGACAACCUCCGCAUCAAACGCUAUAUUGCAAAGUAUACAAUAAAUCCAGCAAUAGCUAACGGGUUCUCUGACCAUGUUGGCUCAGUUGAGGUAGGGAAGUUGGCUGAUCUUGCCCUUUGGAAGCCAGCGUUCUUUGGGGCAAAGCCAGAAAUGGUGAUUAAAGGAGGUGAUAUUGCCUGGGCUAACAUGGGGGAUCCAAAUGCAAGCAUCCCUACUCCUCAACCGGUUAUGAUGAGGCCCAUGUUUGGAGCAUUUGGCAAGGCUGGAUGCACCAACUCCAUCGCUUUUGUCAGCAAGGCUGCUAUGGACUGCGAUAUAAAGACCCUUUAUGGACUACAUAAGAAGGUGAGAUGCGUGAGCAAAGUAAGGAAGCUCACAAAACUUGACAUGAAACUGAACGAUGCCCUUCCCAACAUCCAAGUUGAUCCCGAGACAUAUGCAGUGACUGCAGACGGCGUGCACCUCACAUGCCCUGCAGCUACGACCGUUCCCCUUUCUCGGAAUUACUUCCUAUUUUAACCGAUACCCGUAACUACUCUCCUCUUUAUUUUCAUGUUUUACUAAAACUUCUCUUUUCAAAUCUAUUGUUUCGCUUGAAAAACUUACAUCUUUUUGUUA